CGCGGGGAAGCGCAGCCAGGCGCCCCGCACUGCACCUACACCCGAGCCCGCGUUCGCAGCCUGCAGCCCAGACUCCGCACCGCGCAGUCCCGCCCGCCCGCCCUCUCGGCCCGCGCCAGCCCAGCCGCCGCGCUGCACGCCCGGAGUGCGCCCUCUGCCCUCGAGGGGACGGAGGGCCCGGCCGCCGUCAUGCUGCCGGCCAUCUACACGGUCCUGGCGGGGCUGCUGCUCCUGCCGCUGCUGGUGAACCUCUGCUGCCCUUACUUCUUCCCGGACAUGGGCUACUUCCUGCGGGUGGCCCGCUUGGCCAGGCGGGUGCGCAGCUACGGACAGCGGCGGCCAGUGCGCACGAUCCUGAGCGUGUUCCUGGAGAAGGUGCGCCAGGUGCCGCACAAGCCCUUCCUGCGCUUCCGCGACGAGACGCUCACCUACGCGCAGGUGGACAGGCGCAGCAACCAGGUGGCCCGGGCGCUGCGCGACCACCUGGGCCUGCGCCAGGGAGACUGCGUGGCCAUCUUCAUGGGCAAUGAGCCGGCCUACGUGUGGCUGUGGCUGGGGCUGGCCAAGCUGGGCUGUGCCAUGGCGUGCCUCAACUACAACAUCCGCGCGAAGUCCCUGUUGCACUGUUUCCAGUGCUCAGGGGCGAAGGUGCUGCUGGCCUCACCAGAUCUACAAGCAGCAGUUGAAGAGGUGCUGCCAAGCCUGAAAACAGAUGAUGUGUCCAUCUAUUAUGUGAGCAGAACUUCCAACACAGAAGGAGUUGGCUCUUUCCUGGACAAAGUGGAUGAAAUGUCCAGUGAACCCAUCCCAGCGUCGUGGCGGUCUGAAGUCACUUUCUCCACUCCUGCUUUAUACAUUUAUACCUCAGGGACGACAGGUCUUCCAAAAGCUGCAAUGAUCAAUCAUCAACGCAUAUGGUAUGGAACUGGCGCUGCUCUUUCAAGUGGGAUUAAGAAAGAUGACGUCAUCUAUACCACUCUACCCCUGUACCAUAGCGCAGCACUUUUGCUUGGUCUACACGGCUGUAUCGCAGUUGGUGCUACUCUUGUUUUGAGGAACAAAUUUUCGGCCAGCCAGUUUUGGGAUGACUGCAGGAAAUAUAACGUCACUGUCAUUCAGUAUAUUGGUGAACUGCUUCGCUAUCUAUGCACCUUACCCCAGAAAUCAAAUGACCACGAUCACAAAGUGAGGAUGGCGGUAGGAAAUGGCCUGCGUGGUGAUGUGUGGAGAGAAUUCAUCAAGAAAUAUGGAGACAUUCACAUCUUUGAGUUCUAUGCCUCCACGGAAGGCAAUAUUGGCUUUUUGAAUUAUACAAGAAAAAUUGGUGCUAUUGGGAGAGUGAACUACCUACAAAGAAAAGUGGUAAGUUAUGAGCUGAUUAAAUAUGAUGUGGAGAAAGAUGAACCUGUUCGCGAUGGAAAUGGAUAUUGCAUCAAAGUUCCCAAAGGUGAAGUGGGUCUCUUGAUCUGCAGAAUCACACAGCUUACCCCAUUUAGUGGCUACGCUGGAGGAAAGACUCAGACAGAGAAGAAAAAACUGAGAGAUGUCUUUAAGAAAGGAGACCUCUAUUUCAACAGUGGAGAUCUCUUAAUGAUCGACCACGACAAUUUCAUCUACUUCCACGACAGAGUAGGAGAUACCUUCCGAUGGAAAGGAGAAAAUGUGGCCACCACUGAAGUCGCUGACAUAGUAGGACUGGUCGACUUUGUCCAAGAAGUGAAUGUGUAUGGAGUGCCAGUGCCAGGUCAUGAGGGCCGUAUUGGCAUGGCCUCCAUCAAGAUGAAGGACGACCAUGAAUUCAACGGCAAGAAGCUCUUUCAACAUGUUGUCGACUACCUGCCCAGCUAUGCCAGGCCCCGCUUCCUAAGAAUACAGGAUUUCAUCGAGAUCACUGGGACUUUUAAGCACCGCAAAGUGACGCUAGUGGAGGAGGGCUUUAACCCCGCAGUCAUCAAAGAUACCUUGUACUUCCUGGAUGACAAAGCAGGAAUGUAUGUGCCUAUGACUGAGGACAUUUACAAAGCCAUAUGUGACAAUUCUCUGAAACUCUGAACAUUCCCAGGAGGAUAGUUGUUCUGUUUCCAUUCACCUGAUGUAAGCCAACUUUAGUUUGGUUGAAGAUGGUGAGGUGCAAUUUUGUACACAUACCAGUAAGGGGAGACUUUUUAAAAAAUUACAUCUGAACCUUUAACAAGUCAAAAGAUUUAGAGGGGAUUUUUUUUUUCAGUUUGCAACUACUGUUUAUAUUUCAAAUCAAGCUUAUUGGGGAUGGGGGUUGUUAUUUUUUUUAAUAUAUAAUAAAAAUAGAUGAACACCAAUA